GGUAUCAGCGACAUAGUGAUAUCGAAAUCAAUACAAAAUCACCAAUUCUAUUUUUAGAAAAGUAUAAUUUUGAAUUUAUUAAAUUAGAUAUGGUGGAUCGUUGACGAUAAUAUCAGCAGUGCUGAUUUACGGUGUACGUCUACUUUGUUUUUUAUUUUUGUUGGCUGUUAAUUUUUAUUGUGUGAUGUUUGCCGUUUAGUGUCUUACAUAACCAAUAUUCAAUUAGUUUGAUUAUCGCGUCUUAAACUUUUAAUAAUGUCAGAACGUAAUGUGUGUCUAUGUGGACGAAAAAGAUUGAAGAUAAAUGAAACUAAUUGGAAUCGUCAUUUAACAGCAUGUAAUGUUGCUAAAUUAAAAAAUACAAAAACUGUGACAAAUAUACUUUCUUUUAUGGCAAAGAAAAGAACAAUUGAUGACGAAGUGCAUAAUCAGUCUUUACCAAAUAAAGAUAUUACAAACAUUAACAUUGAGGCUUCUUCUUCGCACUAUAGCUGCUCUUCUGUUAGCCAAAUAAAUGUUUCAAACACUAGUGAUAUUAUAAAUACAACAGAAUCAAUAACUGAUUUAAUAACCAACUCUAAAACUUCUUGUAAGUUCUAUAAAAAAUAAACAUUAAUCUUGAACUGUGUACCUAUGUCCUAUGUGUACCAGCAUGCAUAUUAUAAUGUAUAAUUUUAACUAACAAUUCACAUGUUUAUUUAUUUUACUUUUAAGGUGGUUAAAUUAAUGUAGUUUAAGCAUCUUAUUUUAACAAUUUCAGCCUUCUGAAGUCCAACAGACUUCAGAUUCAGAUAGUGGGAAUGAUAUACAGGGAGAUUUUUCAAACAUGUUCACCCCCAAUUUUUUACCUUAAUUUUUUUUUACUUAUUUAAGUCUUAAAUUUAAAUCUUUAUAUAGAGUGAUUCACUAAGCAUACUCAAAUUACAAGAUACCAACUAGAAAAAAAACCGUCUAUAUUCCUAAUUUUUGUUUGUUUGCAACAAGUUACAGUCAUUUGUUGAGUUCUGUAACGCACAUUUUAAUAACUGCAUUAUUGAAGAAAAAAAAGUGUGAAUGCUUGGUGAAUCAUCCUAUAUAUGUAACAGUAGAUUGAUGUAUUUUAUUUGUAUAGUAAUAAAUAGUUGACUUUUUAUUAAAUUUACAGUGCAAGAAACUGAA